CUCCCCAAAGUCUCCUCUGUUUCGCUAGGGUUUACAACGAACACUUUCCACAGAAACAGAGAGUGGUUCUUGCAGAUCAACGUCCGAGAUGGAAGAAGCUCCUCCUAGUUGUGAACUAGUGUGUGAUAAUAAAUGCAAUGAGAGUCAAAAUGAAAGAGAUGGUGAAAUAACUGGGUUGGAUGUUCAAAAUGGUGUGCAUGAAGGUAAGAAAGAAUUUGUUGCUCCUGCUGUUGGGAUGGAGUUUGAGUCCUAUGAGGAUGCAUAUAGCUAUUAUAAUUGCUAUGCCAAGGAAGUUGGCUUCCGUGUCCGGGUGAAGAAUUCGUGGUUUAAGCGGAAUAGUAGGGAGAAGUAUGGUGCAGUCCUUUGCUGCAGUAGUCAGGGUUUUAAAAGAAUAAAAGACGUUAACCGUUUAAGAAAGGAAACCAGAACUGGCUGUCCCGCAAUGAUACGUAUGAGGGUAGUGGACUCAAAGAGGUGGCGGGUCCUUGAAGUCACACUAGAACACAACCACUUAUUAGGCACCAAGAUCUACAAACCAAUUAAGAAGAUGGGCACUGGAAUAAAAAGGAAAUCACAGUCAAGUUCUGAUGCAGAAGUUCAAACAGUUAAGUUGUAUCGGGCAUUGGUAAUAGAUGCUGGGGGUAACAGUAACUCAAAUACCAGUGCAAGAGAAGUGAGGAGCUUUUUGGAUCAUCCUAAUCAGCUCAAUCUUAAAAAAGGUGAUUCUCAAGCCAUUUAUAACUACCUCUGUCGGAUGCAGCUGACCAAUCCAAACUUCUUUUACUUGAUGGAUUUCAAUGACGAAGGGCAUUUGAAGAAUGUUUUCUGGGUUGAUGCACGAUCUAGGGCUGCCUGUGGUUACUUCUCUGAUGUAAUUUAUAUUGACAAUUCAUAUUUGUCAAAUAAAUAUGAGACCCCCCUUGUGGCAAUUGUUGGAAUAAAUCACCAUGGCUAUACUGUUUUGCUGGGUUGUGGCCUUCUUGCUGGUGAGACAGUUGAGUCUUAUGCAUGGUUGUUUAAAGCAUGGCUUACAUGUGUGUCAGGAAACACUCCACAAACUAUUGUUACAGACAGGUGCAAGGCACUGCAGACUGCAAUUGCAGAGGUGUUUCCCAGAUCUCAUCACUGUUUUGGCUUGUCGCAUAUAAUGAAAAAAGUUCCAGAAAAGUUGGGAGGACUGCGUAACUAUGAUGCUAUAAGGAAGACAUUGUUUAAAGCAGUUUAUGAAACUUUGAAAGUGAUUGAAUUUGAAGCAGCAUGGCGGUUUAUGGUCCAGCGUUUUGGUAUCACUGACCAUGAGUGGCUUCAAUCUUUAUAUGAAGAUCAAGCUCGAUGGGCUCCAGUUUAUUUAAAAGACAAAUUUUUUGCUGGAAUGUCUGCUGCCAGACCAGGUGAGAAUGUCAGCCCAUUUUUUGAGAGAUAUGUGCAUAAACAGACUCCUCUAAAAGAGUUUCUUGACAAGUAUGAAUUAGCUUUACAAAAGAAGCACAAAGAAGAAACUCUUGCAGAUAUUGAGUCAAGAAACUCAAGCCCCCCAUUGAGAACAAGAUGCCCCUUUGAGUUGCAGCUCUCCAGAGUGUACACUAGAGAAAUAUUCAAGAAAUUUCAAUUUGAGGUGGAGGAGAUGUAUUCGUGUUUCAGUACAACACAGUUGCAUGUUGAUGGACCAAUUGUAAUUUUCUUGGUUAAGGAACGUGUGUUGGGUGAAGGAAAUAGGAGGGAGAUCAGGGACUAUGAAGUACUGUACAAUAGAACAGCAGGUGAGGUUCGAUGCAUAUGCAGUUGCUUUAACUUCUAUGGGUAUUUGUGCCGGCAUGCUUUGUGUGUGCUUAACUUUAAUGGUGUGGAGGAGGUCCCUUCCAAGUACAUUCUGUCACGAUGGAAGAAGGACUACAAACGCAUAUAUAUCCCAGAUCAAGGUUGCAAUACUGUAGAUGGUGUUGAUCGAGUUCAGUGGUUUAAUCAGUUAUAUAGGAGUGCCCUGCAAGUUGUAGAGGAAGGUGUGAUUUCACUAGACCAUUACAAUGUUGCCCUGCAAGCCUUUGAAGAGUCUAUGAAUAGGGUUCAUGAAGUAGAAGAAAAGCAAGGAUGACAUACUGUUAAUGUACAGAUUUUUUGUAAAUAAAAUUACAAUUCUCUUCUUUGUUCCCUGCACUUCCUUGAGGUUUGGUUCAUUCUUGAAGUUAAUACAUGCAAGGUUAACUCUUUUUUCAAUCUUUUUUGAUGGGGCAGAAAGAUAUCAAGACCAAAUUAUAUCGAUUGUUUUUUGAAGAUAAGAGAUAGAAAUGUUGUAAGUUGGGAGUAUUGGAUUGAGAAAUUUUGGAUGAGACUCCUAACUUGUAUAUACUGGAUGUCUCUGUUGGCAGAACUUUUGACUCUUUUUUUUUUGGGGGGGAUGACCAGGGUAUUUUCGUUACUAUUUACUCUUGGAUUGACAAAAUUUUU